UACAAACGAGAUGGUCCGCUUAAUUGAGACAGCAACUGCCCGUGUCUUGGCUGUUGACAUUGCUGGUAACAUAAAUGGAUGGAACAAAAAAGCUGCAGAACUAACAGGGUUACCUGUAAUGGAAGCCAUAGGGAGGCCUCUGAUAGAUCUUGUUGUUGCUGAUUCUGUUGAAGUGGUUAAGCAGAUUUUGGACUCAGCUUUACAAGGAAUUGAAGAGCAAAAUCUGAAAAUCAAGCUUAAAACAUUCCAUGAACAGGAGUGUUGUGGUCCAGUAAUCUUGAUGAUUAACUCAAACGCUCUUUCAUUCAACAGAACAAAUGGGCUUGCUAUAUCACAUCUUUUGGUGUUAUGGUACAUAAUGGCGAGAUAUGCAGACUAACGUUUUCAAAGAGUACACUAUAAUUGCAUCGUUGUCCAGCUUGAUCAACCAGUGUCUCAAUAUACCCCAGUCGAACUUUUCAGUGAGACGCCAUCGCAACGGAGAUCCACGCGUUGUACAUCCCAUGGGGUUUUUGCCUGC